CAUCUAUGAUAUGAUCUAACUUUGCCUUUUUUUUUGCUUUAUUUUAUUUGGAGUUGACUAAUUUCCUAAUGUUGAAUUGUCCAUCCAUGUCCAAGGUAAAAAAACUUCACAUGUCACAUGUGGUCCUUUGCUUUGCUAUUAUUAAACAGCUGGCAAAACCUGGUAAUACAAAGCUCUCAAACUUUAGAAGGUUCACGCACUCAUAAAUAUGACACGCUUUGCCGUGUUAUAUAUGAAUGUGGCAUUAAAUGAUAACAUAGCUGUUUUGCUUUGUUUUCUUAAAGCCCAACUUUCAAUAGCAGCUGACAAAUCACCAAGUUGACCACAUUAAUGAUAAUGAUGUUGUAGUUGUUGUUGUUAUUCGAAUAUUAUGGACUCUCCCAAAUAAGUCUAUGUCUCAACCCUCAACCUCCCUCGCUCUUAAAUUAUCUCAUAUUGAGUCAAAAAUGGAGAGUAAGCACUGAGCAGUAGUAAUGUACUAAUCUGCAGUGAGAAACAAGGGGUUGGGAUUAUGUCUGUCCCCACCAUAACCUCCCACCUUCCAAAACACAUACAUGUAACCACAUUCUUUCAAUGCUCCUCCAAAAGUCCAAACUAUUAAAUCUCUUUCUUCCUAAUACUUCUCACUUCAAAUAUAUAGAUAUAUAUAUAGUGUUUCUGCCAACUUGUAUUUGCAUCUCUCCUCCUCCUAUCCCAAGUCCUCCUAAGUAGUAAGUGAAAGUUAUGAUGCCUCCUCAGACUGUGUGUGUGAUGGACGCCUCUGGGCGCCUUGGCUCCACUCUGGUGCAGCGUCUCCUCCAAAGAGGCUAUAAUGUCCACGCAGCAGUCCAAGGCCAUGCAGGGGAUCCAUUGCUGGUGCAGACUUUUGAAUCCAAAAAAGUCAGAAUCUUUCAUUCUGAUCUGUUGGACUAUCACAGCAUAAUGGAUGCAUUGAAGGGUUGUUGUGCUUUGUUUUACUGUUUUGAGCCUCCUUCUGAUCAUCCCUCCUAUGAUGAAUUUAUGGGUGAGGUUGAGGUGAGAGCAGCUCACAAUGUGCUGGAAGCUUGUGCUCAAACUGACACCAUUCACAAAGUCAUUUUCACUUCUUCAGUUACUGCUGUUAUUUGGAGAGAUGACCUUACUAGUUCUACUUCCACUUUUUCUGAUUUUGAUGAACGAAAUUGGAGUGAUAUCAACUUCUGUAAAAAGUUGAAGCUGUGGCACGCCCUAUCGAAGACCCUGGCCGAGAAGACGGCGUGGGCGCUGGCCAUGGACCGAGGAUUGAACAUGGUCUCCAUCAACGGAGGGCUGUUGAUGGCCUCACACCUUACAAUCACCAACCCUUAUUUGAAAGGAGCUGCUGAGAUGUACGAAAAUGGAGUACUGGUGACUGCUGAUCUCAAGUUUGUGGUGGACGCUCACAUCUGUGUUUUCGAAGAUAGCUCUGCCUAUGGACGCUAUCUUUGCUUCGACAGCGUAGUCAACUGCAACCAAGGUGCGGUUGAGCUGGCUCGCAUGCUAUCGCCGCCCUCCUCGGCCAAUGUCGCCACUUUGGAGGAGGAUACGUCAGUAUACCAACAGAGAAUAACAAACAGGAAACUAAACAAACUCAUGGUUGACUUUGAUAAUAGUGUUAUUCAGCUUCACUAAUUAUAUAGAUUGUCUUCUUAUAUGUUUAGGAUCUGUGCAAGUUUAGACUAAAAUGCCAUUGAAAAACAGGUAAUUGUGAUACUGGAAUGGAACCAAGAAAGCCUUCUGUAUUA